GAUCAAUCGGACAUCCAAAAGCGGAAUUUCGUGACAGCUCGUGAGGUGAGGUGAGGUGAGGCAAGAAUUGAGCAGCCCUAAUAGCUGCACGUCGUCUGCACGUUGAACGAAGCGACUCACCGGGCCGAACGAAUUUCCAAUAUUUUGAACCACGACCAAUAACAAUGAAUUCAGAACGGGAAGACAUUUCUCUGCCUGCGCCACUCACCAGCAAAACGCCUCUUCCUCGAUAUCGAGCUGCUUCUGCCUCCAGACGUCGUCCUAAAGACUUGAAAAACACCCUAGUGUCUUCGACGUCCUCCAGAGCCAGCUCCACCAGUGGCCGACAAAAUCGAACUCAAUCUAACAAUAUCAUGGAAAUUGAUUCCGAACCUGGUCCUUCCAACGCGAAUUCGACUAGUAGAAAUACGUCAAAUAGUUGGGAUGAUGAUUCUCAAAUAUACCACGCUCUAUCUUCAAAUCCGGAGUCGUAUGCAGGUCCUUAUGCCCUUUCAAUGCAGCCUCCUUAUUCGCCUCCUCAUUCUCCACGCCAUGGGACCUGGUAUAGUCCAGGAUUGGGGAACCCAGAAUCCGAUGAUGAUGGUAAUCGUUCUCAUGCCCAAACUUAUGCUCAAACUCGCGACGCUUCGCCUGACAACGCUUACAAUGCUUAUGCCCAUCCACUUACUCUUACUUCGGGCGACGUUUACGGACAGAUGGGUACGAUACAUCCUGAAGACAACAUUCAUCUUAUGAAUGGAAUGUCGGAAGUUGGUGGUGAUGCCUUUAUGCAAACUCUCGCUACCCAGCUUUCACCGGCUUAUGUAUAUGAUCUAAAUUUGAACUCGGCAUCGUACGCAUCGCAGAACCAGUCGCAGAAUCGGUCACAGGCCAGUCACCUAUCGCAUCUCUUAAACGAAGAAUCAGUAGAUCCAAUCGCGUCUCGAGCUCAGAGCACUUCCCAGCCGAAAGGAAAGGGUAAGCCAUGUGCAGUCGACGAUGAUGAGGCACAGGAGGGGAGAGGACAACACAACGAAGAAGAAGUAAAAAGGGAGAGUAUGGAAGAAGACAACGAAGAUAACGCAGGGUCAUCCGAAGCCCCUUCAACCCCUCGGAAAGGCAGAUCAUCUAAAGCCAAAGGGAAACAAAAAGCGGCGACGGACAGUCCUCCAUCUCCACCAAGAUCCUCCAACACUUCCGUACCACCAGAAAUCCUCGCCGAACAUUCCUUCACCACAUAUACAUGCCCAAUAUGUUUCUGUCCGCCUACGAAUGCGACCAUGACUCCCUGUGGGCAUAUCGCCUGCGGGUCAUGUCUGUUCACCGCCGUGAAAACUGCUCUGAGGAGAGAAAAUAUGAUGGGUGGACCUAGAGAUGAUAGUGGUGGACCGAGAUGCCCCGUGUGUCGUGCUACAAUUUCAGGCUGGGACGGAAGAGGUGGAGGGGUAAUUGGAUUGGUUAUGCAGAUGGCCCCUGUUGCUUAGAGCAAAACAGCAGAAAAGUGGUGGAUAUCGAUUGGAUGAAUCGCAUGUUAUUGAACUUCAAGAACGAACUGUAUGUACACUGCAUAUUCCUAAUAGGCCACAUUUACAAUAGUCGUGAAACGAUGGGGGAAAUCUACCUUCAUGACGAUCGGGAAAUCUGAGCGAGGAAGGAAAAUAGAUCACAGCGCUGCAAGAAUAAAGGCCAGUCUAAGAUCUGUAUAAAUCACUCAUAUCGGACU